UUUCUUUCUGAUCCCAUGUGAGCCUCUCUCGAAGGAAGAGACCAUCCAACCAUAAGCCAGACAGGUUCAUUGCUCUCAAACACACACUCUCUCACUUGAACUUCUCUUGUAAUUUUCCUGCUCGUGGUUUUACCACAAACUGGUUUUUGGUUAAUAAAAAUGCUUCUAUAUAAUGAUGGGUCUAAUCCAUAAGGAAGUGCUUGAUGUAAAGUGUGGUUAAAAGCUAAAAGCUAAAGUUUCAAGCUUAUGAUUUGCAAGUGUUGCUUUCAAGAGAGAAAAGGAGUUUUUUUUUGGUUGGCCCAUUUUGCAGAUUGGUGUUUUUGAGAAUCUUUUUCAAUUUGCCCACAAGGUGUUUGUUUUUAUGUCUAAACAAUAUUGGUUUACAUUGAAUUUUCUUCAAGUCAAAAGGAAUAUCCAGAUUUGCAUGCUUGAGUUCAAAAUCUAAGCAUAGAGGGUUUAGAUUAAGUCAAUUACUCAAGUAAGCUUUUUCAUGUACUCUUGAAUAUGUGUCAUUCUCUUUGUUGAAAUUUCAUUGUAAUUUUUAUUUUUGGUAUUUCACUAGUCAAUUUUAUAUGACUAUAUAGAUUAGAUGUUAGUUAAUUUGGCCAAUGAACAUCAUUAGAGGCUAAGUGAGUUGUGUUUUAAGUUUGAAUUUGUUUAUCUUAACCCUUUGAUUCUAAGUAUGAAAGGGUGCCCUGGUAAUUUGGAAUUCGCGAAUUUGACGGGCAAGUAAAGUCUGACAAAAAAUUGUUUGAGUCAGGAUUCGAAUUUGGAGUUUAAGUUUGAUUCGAGAACAAAGAUGAAAUCUUUGAGUAGUGUAGGACUUGGUUUAAGUAUUGUUUUUGGUUGCCUUUUAUUGGCUUUAGUAGCUGAAGUUUACUACUUGUUAUGGUGGAAGAAGAGAAUAAUCAAUAGAGAGAUUGAAAAUGACUAUGGCAAUGGCAACCCUUUGAAAGAGCUUUUCUAUAUGUUUUGUUGGAAAAGACCAUCAACUUCUUCCUUAAGUUGUUCUUCAAUGAGAAUAGGUGACAACUUUGUGCAUGAUCCUCAACUACAAUCUCAUUCACAAACUACCAAGGAGUUUCUUUUCAAACCCUUCGGUGAAGAUGGAAUCGAAGCAGAGUACAUGAGACAACAUCAUCCGGACGACAUUUUAGGUCAUCCGAGAUUCUUGUUCACAAUAGUUGAAGAAUCAAAAGAGGAUUUAGAAUCUGAAGAUAGUAAGUCUAGAAGAGGUAGAAGUUUAGGUGAUUUGUUAGAUGUGGAAACACCAUAUUUAACACCUAUUGCAUCACCACAUUUUUUCACUCCUCUUAAUUGUAGUCCCUAUAAUCAACAUGGAUUCAACCCUCUUUUUGAAUCAACAACUGAUGCAGAGUUCAAUAGAUUAAAAUCAUCACCUCCUCCUAAAUUCAAGUUCUUACAAGAAGCAGAAGAGAAGCUAAGAAGAAAAUUACAAGAUGAUAACAAGGGUAUUAAUGGAAAUGAAGUUGAUGAUUCUCUCAUCACAAUAGUUGUUGACAAAAAAUCAGAAAGAGCACAUCAGUACCAUUCAAGCACAUCACAAGUACUUCCCUUAGCUUCCUGACACAUUCAUCUCUCAACUGAAUUUGGAUCCUCUACAGCCGCUGCACGAUGUUAUAGUCAUAGUCGUAGAGACGGUUAGAUUUACAGAGAAAAAACUUCAGCUAACAUCAAAGUUCUGUCAAUCAAUUAAGAGCCUCUUUAAUUUUAUUUUUUCUUCAUUAAUCUUUUUAAUUGCAUUGUGAAGAAUUCCACUUUUUUUUUUGAAGUUUUGGAAUUUGUUUCUUACCUUUGGGUUAUUUUGAGUAUAUUUUAAUCUGUCAAGCCUAUGUUCGGUAUCAUAGUGGAUAUGUUAGAAUUAUGAUGAUUCAUCGUGAUUUUUGAAAAACUACAUAGUGUAACUUUUGUAUAAUUACGGCGAGUUACCAUGAUUCUAGCAUAUCCACCGUAAUACCAAAGAUAUACCGAAUAAUCACUUUGUGAGAUGUACUCUCAAUGUUUCAGAAGAUAUGGGGAAAUUAAAUGUUUAUUAAAA